UUCUGAUCGCGAAUAUGUUCAAUUAUCUCAGAGAGGUAGAUAUCUGUUACAUCCUAAUUAAAUAGGCAGGGCUGGGGAGAUGAAGAGGAACCAGGCUGCUGAUGGUAUAUAUGGAAUAACAGCUGCAGCAUCCAACACAAAAAUUAAAAAUAUUUCGAUAUGACACAUGCUAGUGUACAUCAGUUUUAUUAUUUGCUUCUUGUUACUGGGAUCAUACUGAAUGUGUCCAGCCAGGUCAAGGUGGUUGUUGCAGACACUCAUUCACCCGCGAUCAAGUUCCUCCCUGGUUUCCCCGGACCUCUCCCUUUUCGACUUGAAACAGGGUACGUAGGGGUUGAUAAGUCGGAAGAUGUGCAGUUGUUCUAUUAUUUUGUGGAGUCCCAGAGAAAACCAAAGGAGGAUCCGGUUAUUCUUUGGAUGACCGGAGGCCCUGGAUGUUCUUCCUUCUCAGGUCUUGCUAUGGGAAUAGGUCCAAUAUAUUUUAAAGAGGUUCCGUACGAUGGGACUUUGCCUACCCUGUUAUUGAAUCCUGAUGCAUGGACAAAGACAGCUAGCAUGAUAUUUUUGGACUAUCCGGUCGGUACUGGUUUCUCUUACGGCAGAACAUCCAUUGCUUCGAGGACUGAUGACAACCAAGCAGCUGCUCAAGCUGUCCAGUUUGUGAGGAAGUGGUUAGUAAGUCAUCCUGAAUUCCUUUCGAAUCCCUUCUAUGUUGGCGGAGACUCGUAUGCUGGAAUAUUUGUUCCAAUUAUCACUCAAAUGAUGUCAAAUGGAAAUGAAGCAGGCCUUAAACCGUCAAUUAAUCUUAAGGGUUACAUAGCUGGAAAUCCUAAAACAUUUCCCGCAGAGAACAACUUUUCAAUCCCUUUCUCUCAUGGAAAGGGACUUAUAUCGGAUGAACUUUAUGAGUCAUUGAUAAGAAGCUGUGGGUUCGAUCUAAAACCAGAUCCUGACAGUACAGAAUGUACAGAGGCUUUCGAGGCUUAUAAUCAGUGUAUUGAUGGAAUUAAUAGCUUCGACAUUUUGGAUAUAAAUUGUCCUAUAGACCUUCCGCUGCGCAGAUUAUUGUCUAACGAAAAUAGAGUGUUCUCCGAUAGAUUUGGGGAGACAUCACUCUCUGCACAAUCCAUAUCUGAUUGCCUUGCCGAUGCACAUGAGCUUUUUGAUUACUGGUUUAAUGAUGAGAAAGUUCGAAAUGCCCUGCAUACCAGAAAGAAGACCAUAGAGACAUGGACGCGAUGUGGCGACGUGGAAUAUGAUGGUCAAAUCAAGGAUGUGAGGCCAUAUCAUGCAAACCUCAGCACGAAGGGUUAUAGAUCUCUCAUAUACAGUGGUGACAAUGAUUGGCUUGUGCCAUUUCAAUCUACUCAAGCGUGGAUAAGAGGUCUAAACUACUCGAUUUUCGAUGAUUGGCGACGUUGGAUUGUCGAAGAUCAAAUUGCUGGUUACACAAGAACUUACUCAAACAAAAUGACAUUUGCUACUGUCAAGGGAGGAAGUCAUACAGCUCCUGAUAAUCGGCCUGCAGAAUGUUAUGCUAUGUUCGAAAGAUGGGUAUCGGAAAAACCAUUAUAUGUAUUAAAUCUACGUCUUUAUGCUCAAAGACUCAAGUUCCUCCCUGGUUUCAGAGGACCCCUCCCUUUUCGACUCGAGACUGGAUAUGUGGGGGUUGAUGAAUCAGAGGAUGUGCAGCUGUUCUAUUAUUUUGUCGAGUCGGAGAGAAAUCCGAGAAAGGAUCCUGUUAUUCUUUGGAUGACCGGAGGCCCUGGUUGUUCUUCCUUUACGGGCCUUGCUUAUGAAAUAGGACCGGUAAAUUUCGAGCAAGUGGAAUACAAUGGGACUUUGCCUACUCUGGUCUAUAAUCCAAACACAUGGACAAAGACAUCGAGUAUUAUAUUUUUAGACUUGCCAGUUGGUACUGGCUUUUCUUACAGCAGGACAUCUGUUGCUUCUAGCUCUACUGACAGCCAAGCCUGUGAUCAAGCUGUCCAGUUCUUAAGGAAGUGGUUAGUUGGUCAUAGUGAAUUCGUUUCAAAUCCGUUAUAUGUUGGUGGUGACUCUUAUGCUGGAAUACUUGUUGCAAUAAUCACUCAAAUGAUCUCAGAUGGAAUCGAAGCAGGCAUUGAACCGUCUAUUAAUCUUAAGGGUUACCUAGCUGGAAAUCCCUUUACAUUCCCUGCGCAAUCAAACUUUUCGAUUUCUUUCGCUCACGGAAUGGGACUUAUAUCGGAUGAACUUUAUGAGUCAUUGAGGAGAAGUUGUGGGUUGGAUGAGCAGAAAGCAGAUCCUGACACCGCAGAAUGCUCACACGGUUUAGAGAAUUUUAAGCAGCUUACCGAUGGUCUUAAUCAGCAACAAAUUUUGGAGAAUAAUUGUGGUGAAGAUUCACCACAGCUGCGUAGAUCAUUGUCUGGUGGAAAAAGGGCUGUUAUGGCUGGAUUUGGAGAGACAUCACUUUCCGUGUUCAAGUGUCGUGUUGACGGACGUUGGCUUUCUGCUUAUUGGUUCAACGAUGCCAGUGUUCAGAGAGCAUUACAUAUCAGAAAGGGUACCAUAGGGACAUGGGUAAGAUGCAACAGGGAUCAUCUGGCUUUUGAAAUGCUGAUUAUGGAUGUCAGACCACAUCAUGCGAAUCUCAGCAGAAAGGGUUACCGAUCUCUUGUAUACAGUGGUGACCAUGAUUUUCUUAUACCAUUUCAAUCCACUCAAGCUUGGAUAAGAGGUUUAAACUACUCUAUUGUCGAUGAGUGGCGACCCUGGACACUUGAAGGCCAAAUUGCCGGUUACACAAGGGCUUACUCCAACAAAAUGACAUUUGCUACUGUAAAGGGAGGAGGUCAUACAGCUCCAGAAUACAGGCCUGCGGAAUGUUAUGCUAUGUUUGAGAGAUGGAUGUCACACAAACCACUAUAAACACGGUCUUUUAUUGAGCUUACAGGAGCUUCUCCAGCCGGGUACCAACAAAAGCCCAGAGGUGUCCGACAUUGCAAAGUCAUUACAAGUAAUAAUAUUUUUUCUUUUCAAUCUUCAAUUGAAUUAUUAGCACCUUUAUCACGAAAUUUACUCCAAUAAUUAGCACCCAAAAGUAGCUAAUACGAUUAGACGAGUGUAAUUGUAAUGAAUAUGAAGAUAUAUGUCUUUAUUUAAUGUGGAUGCACAUAUCUCCAUUUUCCAAA